GGACACCUGACUGCUGAACUAAGUCCCCAUCCCCAUACACUCUAUUAUUUUUGAUUGGGUAAUUGCGCUCGGGACGUUUCCAAAGCGGGUAAAGGUGGUGGGGCAGGGUCUUUAGCCCAAAAAAUGGAUUAUUUAACACCCUGCCCAGAUAGAUAUUUGAUGACCUUGACCUACACAACAAUGCUUGACUCAAAGGAUGAUUCUGCAGGCAAAGAUAUAAGCUUCGCCUGGGGCAAAGGAGUGGACGUGCGCGUGACGAACCGCCUGCGGGUCCCGCUGACACCGGACAACUUGCAGUCACUUUCCUUCAGCAUUCCGGGCCUUCACACACGACUCAACACAACACUGGAACAUGUAGGCCUGUUUCACUAUGGCCAUUUACUGGUGUACAACCUGCCAUCGGUGCCUGCCGACAAACCAGACAAAGACAGUGGGGUGUCCCUCGCUCCUCCAUUGAGCUGCUUUUAUUUGGGAGAGGACGGUGGAGAGGUUCAGGGCUCAGCACGAGAUGAUGCGCCCGCGGGGAUUGUCUCAAACUCUGUAUCGCCGGAGGGUGACUGCUUCUAUUCAGCAGUACAACCUGAAGAUUCUCCAGUAAUAGACUCUCCAGAUUUGAGAGGCAGUGACAAGCAGUCUCUGUGCAGCGGUUCAGAGAAUUUCUACACAUGUCCGUCUGCAGCCUCUCUGGACUCCGUUCCGUCCCCUUGGAGUGCUCGUUGGGCGUCAGCCGCCAUGUCCCCGCAUUAUGGGUCAGGGUCAUCACCAAACCUGCCUAGCUCCACACCGACCAGCGAAGAUCAUAGUGACAGUAAUGAGCUGUUGUCGGUGGAGUUCAAAGGGCGGCGCUACGUGCGGGUCCUGUCCCGGAUCAAGCCUAGGAUGGAUGAAGACGUGGAGGCCAGUUGGACGGUGACAGACUUCACGAAGCAUGGGGAACCCGUGUUCUCUCUGCGGCUUGACUUCAUGCGGCCCCGGCCACCCUUACCCCGGUGGAUGGAGGGCAUAGCAGAGAGGUACUGGUGAUGAUGAUGGGCUUGACAAGAACUGGACAGUACAUGCCAAUUUUUUACUGAUCUGCCUCCAAUGUUGAGGAACAUCUGACCAAUUCCCACUGUCAAAUAAACAAA